AUGAUCCAAGGCACAACCGACAUCGCCGCUAUGUGUGUGGGCUUCCUGGGACUCUUUGGAGCAGCGGCCACUACAGGCAUGCCCAUGUGGAAGGUGACCGCUUUCAUUGGCGAGAAUAUAAUCGUCAUGGAAACUCGCUGGGAAGGUCUUUGGAUGAACUGCUACCGUCAAGCUAACAUCCGAAUGCAAUGCAAAGUGUAUGAUUCCCUACUAUUCUUACCUCCGGAGCUACAAGCCGCAAGGGGACUAAUGUGUUGUUCUCUCGCUUUAUCAGGAUUGGGCCUUUUUGUCGCCUUCGCUGGACUGAGGUGUGUGACUUGCUUCCAGGCCAACGAUCGCUCCAAGACAAUAAUUUUGAUGGUAGCCGGCGCAAUGCAACUUUCGGCUAGCUUUUGUGUCUUCAUCCCGGUAUCUUGGACUGGUCAUGUCAUCAUCCGCGACUUCUACAAUCCUUUGCUGAUCGAUGCCCAAAGGAGAGAACUUGGGGAGGCGCUUUACAUCGGAUGGGUUACCGGAGCCGUCUUAUUCGUGUCGGCCAUGUUGUUCAUAUGCCGAAAAUUCCCGUCAGACAAGGGUUCAUUCAACAUCUACCAUCCUGUCAACUUGCUACAUUAUAAGCAAGACCCAAAUCAAGCGCCAAUGAUGAGGUACCAUCCACUUUCUAUGAUAACCAGCCUCUCAACACCUCCAAAUAGUUUCUCGACUCACAGUUCCAACCAUAGAACCCCAAUCAACGCUCCAAUAGUUUAUAAGCCAGGGUUGCCAGAUAGCACGUCGUUGCAGUACCAACCUAACUUUGCACAUCGGUCUUCCAUGAGGAGUUCCAGCCAUCCACAUAGCAUGUACACUCCAGGGAAUUCGGUCUACGUGAGCCAAAGUUCAAUGCCAUUGACGCACACCACACAGACAGGCAAUCCUUCGACAUUGUAUCAGUCUAGUUUCUACCCUGUUCAUCAAACCCCAGUUUUCAUUGGCUAUAAUACGUCCAUAAGGCAUCAUCCAAGUGUGACUAGUUCAGGGAUGUAUAUUUGA